GACGGUUUAGAGCGACUCGUCGGAACCAGUCCCGACCCGGGAGGCGAAGCUAACUCCCUACCUGGGCCCGGGUGCAUCCCGCUCGGCACCUCUCGGCUGCUCCGCGUAUAAAAUGGAGGGAGCCCGGGCGGCGUCGGGGGAAGACCAAGACGGAGCCGAGUUCCCAAUGGAGCCCUUGGGAAGCCGGGUCCCGGAGCUGGAGCAGCCCCAGGUCCCCGCGGCGGAAAGACGCCCUGAGAGUCCCGAGAGCAGCCCGAGUCUGGCUUCCGCAGUGAAGGAGGAGGCGGGCGCGGGCCAGGACCUGUCGGGCGGGAAGAAGCUGCCCUCGCCUCGACCCGCGCCCCUGCGGUUGCUGCCAUCCAGCCCGGGCUACAGCGCCUUCCGCCGUCAGGAGUCGGCCAGCCCGGAGCUGCCGUCGCCGGGCCCAGCCGCGGCUGAGCAGCCCCGGGACGGCGAGACGCCGGGGGCAGAGCAGAUGCUCAGGGCCGCGCCCGGUGAGCCGGCUCGGGGCGCCUGGGCCCCCAUGGAACUGCAGGUGGACGUGCGCGUGAAGUCCGUGGGCGCGGCCGGCAGCAGCUGCGCGCCCUCGCCGGCGCCCUCCACGCGCUUCCUCACCGUCCCGGUGCCGGAAUCGCCGGCCUUCUCCCAUCACGCCUCCCCAGCGCACCCGCUCCUGCGGCUGACCCCGUCUCCGGGAGGCACCUGGGGCCGUGGCACGCCGCUGGCCGCAGCCCGGACGGAGCGCGACCUCGACGCCGAGGGUUGGGCCGGUCCCGCCGAGGGGCGCGCGGAGUCCCCGGGCUCCCCCACGUGCCGCUGCCGCUGCCGCUGCAAGGAGGACGCCGUGCUCCACGCCGAGAUGGACGGCGACAAGAAGCUGUCCCGCGUCAUAAAGCUCGUAGGGCUGCCCAUGUACAUGAGGUCCCUGCGCUGGGCCCUGGCAGUCAUGGCCGUGCUCCUGGCGGUGUCUACGGUGGCCAUUGUGGCCCUGGCCUCGAGAGCAGGACUUCCUGAGCAGAUACCCAGUCACCAAGUACUCCUGGGUGGGGGCCCGACGAGGCCCCCAGGGCUGGCACUGGAUCGAUGGGACCCCUCUGCCACCCCAGCUACUCCCGGAGGAAGACCAGCAAGAACCGGAUCUCAACUGCGGGGGCCUGGAGGGAGGCAAGUUCGUGGCUUCGGACUGUGCCUCCCCCAGACCCUGGGUCUGCGCCAGGGGGACCAAGUGACUUGGGUUCUGCCCGCCCUGAGCCUGCUGGGGGAGACCAGGCUGAGAGCCGGGGCAGCCUCCUCCCCGGACCCAGGCCUCCAGGUCUCCCCGCUCUGCUCAGGGGCCCCGCCUCGGCAAAGCAGGGAGCGGACUCCUGGCGCAGGGAGGUCGCAUCCGCGGGGAAGGAGACGUUCUGCGGCCCCGCGGCUGAGCGCCCAUUUGAGUGUCCAGCUGCUGAAGCGGAUUUGUUCUGUGAACUUGUGGGUUUUUUUGGUUUUGCGUUUUUCCUUCUGAGCCUCAGUUUCUCCCUCAUUAAAACGGCCACUUCUCAUUCUCCCACUUACCUGCCUAGUCACAGGUGUGCACCCUUUCAGGCCUAGAGAGACAAAAAAGGAUGAACGGUCACAGGUGAUCCCAACCUGGCUUCUCAUCGAGCCCAGGAAGUGAGUCUCCCAUUUCGUGGCCUUGGGAUUUGGCAGCGAUGACAUUAUUGCUACAAAGGCCACUUCCAGGCGGCCACGCACGCCGACAGCAUCCGGAGGGCAGCGCGCGAGACGUGGCCACCCCGGAGGAGAGAGGAAGGAGGGUCCUGUCCCCACCCCGGGGUUGGCAGAGAGUAAGGUUCUUUGCGGUGACUGGCGUGUGGGACUGGCGGGGCGUCCGGCCAGCUGAUGCCCAGGGCUGGGAGGACGCAGAGAGGACACACCCCCUCUUGGCCUGCGAAGCCACCACAAAGCUUGGGGUCCGAGGGAGAAAGGAAAUCAGAAAUGUGGGGAGGCGUGAGGCUGCUCUUCCUGCCACAACUGUGAAGACCCCAGCCUGAAGGUGUCUCCCACUGAGAUUCAGUGAAGGGCCUCCGGCCUGGAGGGAGUGGCAGCAAGGUGGGGGGAGGGUUUGCUUAGCCUCCAGCCUGGAGAGACUUCCUCAAAGGACAGGAGACUGACUGUACCAGCCUCUGGUCGUGGUGCCAGUCAUGUGCAAACCAGCCUUCCUCUUUAAAGGCAGACCAGGUGUCCGAGCUCCUCAGAGAAACCUUUACUGGUCCAUUUGAACUAAGAGCUUGUACAGAGUGCGGGGCUGCCCGGGAGAAAGGGAUGGAGAGUGCUAAGAGCACACCUGACAGGCAAUAAAAAUCUUAGACGCACUCUGGUGUUUCUCAUGGCUUUCUUCUUAUUUCAACUACAGAUCAACCCCAGAGCUUGAUGACAUGUUCAGGUUGAACUCGCUUCAAAGCCCUUCUCGGCGAACGUCCGUGUCUGGUGAUGUCAGGCUGGUUUAAUGUCAGCUUCAGGGCCACCAGCUUGGGGCCCUCUGGGCUCGGCGCUGUUUAGAAUCGCCUGUGGAGCUUAAAAGAUCCAGGUGCCCAGCGUGGGUGGUGUGAUGCUGGGGCCUGGAAAUCAGAGUUUUUCAGCUUCAGUUGGUGGGGAAGGGGAGUAAGAGAGUGAGUGACCUUUGACCUGCCGAAGUAGGAAGCUCCUAGUUACUGUCCAAAGUUGGCAAACGAAGGAAUAGCAGUAUGCACUUAUUAUUUAGAAAUGUGGAGACAAAUACUAGAAGAGAUGGCAAAAAUCAUUUAAAGUGGUUGCCUUAAAACUAAUCUGAUGCCGAUAGAAGUCAGGACAGUAGUUGU